AUGUCUUGGAUCGCGCAAAUCAUAUCAAUCGCUUGUAUCAUAUUUCUGGCAAAUUGUGCGGAAACUCACGGCGACGAUAGGGCCGGACCUAAGGAUAGUCGCGGACACUAUAGCGUACGACGACUCGACUGUUCGCUGUUUUGUAAGAAAACCGGAUUUAGUGGUUAUGUCGGCGGCUGUCAGUGCGGGUUCACUCUCUUCGCCAACAAACGAAGUGAUGCCAACAAUAUUGACACAAAUGGGUGA